GGACAACCCACGGUUGGGACACUCCUGGGAUUGGCGAUAGCUCAUCCAGCAGAGCCCACGUACAGCAACGUGCUGUUGUUGCUACUAGUAUGUUACAUUAAGAGUCUCUACAUUAAUCAGCAUCAUGUCUCUGUUUACACAGCAACACUUUGCUCCUCCACCUCCAGCACCUGCAGCGCCUUCUGCAGCGCCUUUAGCAGCACCUCCAGUGCCAGCUCCAGCGGUCGUAGCAUCACAAACGGAACAUGUGUAUCAACCCACACCAAUACGGAUUCCCGCCCCUUCAGUCGCCUCAUCGGAAACUGCCCCUCCGUCCAACGUUGCCGGCACUCGAAGACGCGCUGAAUCCGACGCUUCUGAUGAUGAGGCCACAUCCGGCAGGAAGACCAAGCGCCUGCGAAUUGUCCGCAGCUGUGACCAGUGCCGCCGCAAGGCUGGACGUCCAGGAUGUUCCGGCUUCAAGCCAUGCUUCACCUGCACUCGCAGGGGCAUGACCUGUACCUAUGACGCACCCUACACCAGAGGAGUAGCGAGGACCCCUCCUCCACCCCCCGAGGGGGACACCGGAGAGGCCCGGAACUACUCCCAGCCACUCAACGAGAAAGGAAAAGAACACCGUGAUAAGGGAUGGCUUGCCCGUUCAUGCGACCACUGUCGGACCCAUAAGGUCUCUUGUGAAGGCAAGCUUCCGUGCGAAAGGUGCUUCAAGGAGCGCGUCGAGUGUACCUUUAAGUAUCGUGCGUAUCAGAGGUUUCCUGAUGCCGUGCCAGCCCCCGACAAGCACUUGGACGAGCUGUGUCACCAGCAGUUGCGGGAGAAUUCCUUGAAGCGUGACCGUCAGCUAGCCCUCGAAGCGCUAAAUCGCCAAACGCCAGAUGCCUCUCCUUUGGACCCAGUUGUCGCACCUCUUCAGUUCUCCGUCAGGUAUGCCGGAGAGGAAAUGCCACCGCUCUACUUUCUCCACAAAGCCUGGCGGAAGAUCGCCAUCGCCCAGGCUCUCGGAAUGUCCAACCAACCCGGCGCUGACCGACUCGUCCUGCUUUCUGGCGACAUGCCCAUUAACCCUUCUCAACCCCACCGGUUCCCCGAGUCGCGAGAGAUGUGGCGUAUGAUGCAGGACAAGUUCGCCAUUGGCUGGACCGAAACUUUCCACUUCCUCCACCGUCUUACCACGAGGCUAUGGCUGGAUACCGUGUACCAAAACUGGCAGGACGAGCUACCACUAGAGUCUGGGAUUGGCCAGGGGAAGGCUGCCGUCGCCUUGAUGACCAUGGCUCUCGGGACCAUGUUCAACUACAGGAAAUGGCGGCCCGGGAACAAGGAGCUCAGUCGGGAUUGGCUCUGGACCGUUAACAAUGGCGACCAUCUGUUCCUCAUCGCUUUCGCCCUAACUGGCAGCGAACCGGGCCCGCCCAAGUUGGAGUCUGUGCAGGCUCGCCUCCUCCAAACGAUGUAUCUCCUCUGCACCUGUCGGCUCAGCCAAGCCUGUUACGUCUUCGGCAACGCCAUCCAGAUGCUUACCUGUCUCGGUUUCCACCGACGACGAGGCAGAAAUAGGGGUCUUGGCCCCGAGAUCGUUGUCAAUCCAGAGUAUGCAAAAGUCCAGUGCGAAAGACGAACCUUUUGGUCGGCAUACAUCAUCGACAAGCACAUGGCCAUGAUGACCGGUCAACCCCCGCAUCUCAGCAUCGACAUGACCGAUCAAGCACUUCCGGACUGCGUGAACGACGAGGACAUGGGUCGCGCAGGCCCCUUUAGGCACCACAAGAACGACUGCUACAUGGAAGCAUUGGUUGAACAGACCAAAUUGAUGAAACUUGUCGAGAGGAUAAUGCGCCAGGUUUACACGCUCGACGACGUCCUAGAACAUGAGAGGCUUGAAUCUGCACUGCGCCUGGGAAAGGCUGUUGAUGACUGGCGAGCUCAGCUACCGUCCCUCAUGACAGCCGUCAAACCCUCGCUCCUUCAUUUUACAUGGCGCCGCCAGCAGAUUAUGCUGCAGUUGGCCCACUGCUACGCCCAAAUAUUAGCCUAUCGGCCGUUUUUGACGGCGCCAUACCCUGCAGACCGCGAUAAGAGGCAAGCCACCGAUUUUGCAAUCCGAACUUGCAUCGAGGCCGCCCGCGUCACGCUCACCAUAACCGUCAAUCUCGCCCGCGAGCAAGCAGAACGUGAUAAAAGUCAUUUCCAUACGCUCCUCCACCCACACCACCUCACUUACAUCGCGGCUUCGAUCAUCUUCCUCGUCCCCCACGUUCGGGAUCGUCAGAAGUCCAUGGGUGGAGGAUCCCACCGCAACUACAAGCCUGAAACGGACCUUCGGCUGAUCGAGCUUGCCAACAAAGCCGUAAAAGCUCUUAUCCAGGGAACUAACCAAUACUCACCCGCACGUAGGUGGGCCGUCAUCCUCGAGGAGCUGCGGGACGAAGCGGCCCGGCAGACCCCCAAGGAUAAGGACCCGAGCAACGACCCGAGCAACGACCCGAGCAACGAGCAAAACGGUGAGAACCGGGGCGGGGACCUCGACGCCCUCGACGAGCAGCUACUUGAGGAUGCACUCCGCGCACAUUGGGAAGCCGACAUUGCUCGCGAAGCCGCCAGCGGUCGGGCUGACAACAGUGGCACCCCCACAAGCCCCGCGCCCAUCCUCGUUGCACGAUUAUGGGACAAGUGGAAGACUACAGAUUGGCUGGAUCUCGAUUCCGCGGCCUUUGGCCCGAUUUCUGCAUUCGAGAAAGGCGACCUCCCCAUCGCUCCCGCACCUUGAUCUCCGUGCUUGCUGGCAACAUGCUCCACAACAUAACCUGCAACCCCUUGCAACGUACUCAACAACUAUUCAUCAGCUUGAGCCUUUGGGCUGUUCUCCAGCCCUACCCGCGAUC